UAUGCAGCCGGUGAAAUUAACGGGGUUUCUCAAGUCAACCGGCAGGAGGCGCGCUGCCGCGGGUAGCUGCUACUUUAAGACAUGACGUAGACUGGACUUUUUGACACCAACGUGAGAGGGGCUAAAGCCACUAAUCUUCAAUACGAAAUUGAACAAAGUCGACCAUGAACAAUGUAGGACAUCGUGUGAGGUGCAGGCGGCCCACCGUGCCUCCUUUCUCCAACAGGACCCUGCACCACCCGUCUUUCCUGCCUGUGUACAUGGCUACAGAGUCACGCCAUCACACCGACUGUAACAACCAAACCGUCCAGCCCAUCAUCCCGGCGGAGUUCUUCUACACUGACCCCACCAUGAGCUGUGGGAGGAGGAUCCCCAACAAAGUGAGUGAGUUGAGGGUUUUCGAUUGCUUCCAGCUCAACACUCCGCCACCAGUUAUGUCCGCCUGCCCAGCUCCACCAACCCGCCCAGACCCAUUCAGAUCAGAAGCACACCCCACCAGGGAUCUGGGCAACCUCACCUUGAAAAGAAAAACUAUCCACCCUCCAGUGCAGUCAAGCCGUGUUAUCCUCCAGCUUACCCAGGAGGAGGACCAGGCCAUUACUAACCUCCUGAAACUGCACCACCAACAGCCUAUACAGAGUGAUAAGACCCUUGCUGCUCUGCAAAUGGUCUCUUCCAGUGUAGAGUUGAACCCCAUCUCAUUCCUUCACCCUGACCUAAUGGACUCCACUUCAGCUGAGGAAGUAUACAAACCCUUCUGUAGUGAUGAGCAGUAUUCACGGCAGCAGGGGAAGUCUUGGUCGGAUUUGGAGCUUGAGGCAGCUAACGCCCUCCUGAGUUGUUUGAUGGAGGAGGAAAUCUGGGGCCAAAACCACAGUAAAUCAGCAUUAACACUUUCUGACCCUUUGCUUUUCCAGCAUCACAAGGAUUCAUCAAUAAGAACUGAAACCCCAAAAGGAUCUGAGUCUUUCUCUGCAUUAACUGUUGAUUGUACCCAAAACAACACUGACCACAUUGGCUUUAGUUGUGCCAGGGACUAUAGGGAACCAGGCUGGGGGGGGUUUGGGUUUGUGAUGGGAAGGAGUGAUGUUCAUCUGCCUGUUUGUGAGUCUUCAAUGUCCUCAGACUCAAAGGCAAAAAACACAUCAGGUGCCUUUGGGAACUUUUUAGAAAUAAAGGAGCGUAUGCUCUCAGAUUCUGAGGGAGAUGCUGUGGAAGUACUCCUGAGCCUCAGGGACAUGGGAGCGUUGGAUACCAUGCAGUAAUUGUCUUAAACCUGAGGGUCUUGUCCCUGGGUGAGUUUGUAAGGGAUGUUACUAUCACUUUCUCAUUAUGGAAACAACUAGUUGAGGGUUCUUUGCACUAGUUGCUCUGAAAGCAAUUUUUUCUUAGGAUGAGAAGUUAAAAAUCUAUCAAGUAUUGCACGUUUGCCUUGUAAUUUCCUUACUAUUAUAUCAGUGUUUAAUAAAAAUGAUCAACAGUUGAGCCUUGCGCUAAAAAGACAGGUUUUUAUUAAAAGCACUACGCACAGUUUUUGAAAGAAAAUCCUCCCCACUCAUUAUUUAUAACAUAGUAAAUUUACAGCAUAUCCACAAAUGAGAUCCCAUCUUUACUGACGAGCUGCAGGGGGAGCUACAGUAUAAUUCCACAAUGGCUACUGACACAAGCGAACAAGCUAGUGGACAGCAUCUUAAUGGCAGUACAGCUCAGCACCCAUUUGCAUGCCUUUUCAAAACUCUUGGGCUUGAUAUGAUCCUGACUGAAGGCCUGGUGUGUAAUUCUGACUUUAUUCAAAGGCACUUCCUGAUUCCGUUCCGUUCUUUUUAAAUGUUAACACUGUUGGAUUUCUGUAAGUGUGUUUUUUUUUACAAGAUUCUUGUAUCAUAAACAUGUUAUCCUGUAUUUUGGCCACCUUUAGUAACAAGAUAGGCUGUUGUGCAUGGCAGGAAGAAAAGUAUUUAACUUGUGAUCAUGUGACUAUAACACCAGGCAUCUGUAGGAACACCUAACUCUUUUCUUUGCAGCAGGCAUGUAUUGGACAAUCUGGUAGAACAAUAGCUGGAAUGACUGGCAUUUCAAAUGUGCCACUUCAGAUUUUGCAGAGGUGUUAAUUAAGGGCUGCAUGCUCACAAUAGGUAAACUCUACAGCUGUAAUGCUCAAAGAUGUUGAUCUGUUAUUGAAUGCAUGCACAUUCCUAGUGUCAGUCGUAAUGAUCUACCGCAAGCUCCCAGCUGCACACUUGCGUAUUCAAGUAUGAUGAUUGCACGUUAUGUCUCAUGAUCUUCACCCUUCUCCUUUUAUCUUUCAUUUCCUGGUUGUUAGAAACUCACACUUCAUCUCAAAGUCCUUGAAUAGUCUUUGUACAGAGUUUAUUUCUGAAGAUAUUGUAUCCAUUCAU